AUGAAUUUUGGAUCUAUCAAUAUAAAAGGAGCAGGAGGAGCGGGGAAAGCAGUCGAAGCCAGACGGUUAAUAAGUAAGUAUAAUCUAUCUUUUUUUGCCAUUCAAGAAACCCAAUUUAGGGAUUUAUCCUUAAGUAAAAUAAGAAGGUUCUGGGAUAACACAAGUUUUGAGUUUUCGAAAGUCGACGCGGAGGGACGGUCUGGAGGUUUAUUAUCCAUUUGGAAUGCCACUAUUUUCAAAAAAGAACAGGAGGUAAAAAACCAAAAUUUUAUUUUGACAAAAGGAAAGAUAGUUGGGGAAAAUACGGAUCUGGUCAUAGUAAAUAUUUACGGCUCGACGAGUAAAACAAGUAGGAGAAUUAUGUGGGAAGAACUAUUGGCAGUGAAGAACACAAUUACUGGAUUAUGGUUGAUGUUGGGGGACUUCAAUGAGGUCAGGUUUCCCGAAGAGAGGUUUAACUCACAGUUUGAUGCAGGAGGAGCUCUAUGUUUUAAUAGCUUUAUAAGUAGAGGGGGGUUUCACGAGUAUAAUAUGGGAGGGAUGAAGUACACGUUUUUGUCAGGAGAUGGAACCAAUCUAAGUAAACUAGAUAGGGUCCUGGUGUGUGAUAAUUUCAUGAACAAAUGGCCACAUGCGUCACUACUAGCACUGGGUAGAAAUAUCUCGGAUCAUAGCCCAUUAAUUUUAACUACGACCAAUAAUAGUUUUGGUCCUUCUCCCUUCAGAAUGUUUAAUAGUUGGUUCGCUUUGGAGGGUUUUGACGAGACAGUGAGGAAGGGUUUAGACUCGAUCUGUGAUUCAAGAUUUAAGGAUGAGGUAUUGGCUACAAAAUUUAAGGCAGUGAAAGAAGAAUUGAAAAAAAUGGCGCAAAAAUAA